AUGCCGUCUGGAAAACCGCGGAUUACUAGAGGCAAUAAAGAAGACUGCAGCCAAUGCAAAUUGUGCAUAGACAUUAAUGAUGAAGUGGUGCAGUGCGAAAGGUGUCUAAAAACUUUACACGCUCAAUGUUCGGAUCUCGAUAAGCGUCAGCUAAAUGAUCUAAAACUUGGUUCAAAUCAAAACUAUGUGUGUCAUUUUUGUGAAAACGUCCAAAACUCUUCAAUAUCGCUUGGAUUAAGUGAAAUUAAACUGAAGUUAAAUCAACUAGAUGAAAUAAACAAAGCAGUGCAGUUCAUGUCAUCACAAUAUGACACCAUUCUACGUGGAGUGAAGGAAAACAAAAAGAAAAUCGAAGUAAUUGAAAAGGAGAAUCGAUGCUUACGUGAAGAAAUCGCUGAACUAAAGUCGUCGUUGAGAAUACUAAACGAUGAAAGGGAGCUUCGUCUCUUCAAAUGUCGCAGUUGUCAAUUGAAGAAAAUCAAUCCACAAUUGUAUAACUUAUUGCCCAUGCUUAAUGAAUUGGAUUUGGGUCGCAAUGAGUUCAAAUUCCUCGACAAAGAUGAAUUUCGCGACGUCAAACACCUCAAUAAAGUCCUACUUGAUGGCAAUCAACUGUCAGUUGUUGUUGACGAGCUGUUUCGCAAUCAAAAAAGUCUGCAGCGCUUGGACUUGUCCUACAAUCGUUUGGCGAAAGUUCCCAAUGACUCGUUUCAGUAUUUGAGUAAUUUGACAUUCCUGGAUUUGUCCUACAAUAAGCUGGUACGUCUGGAGCCGCAAUCAGUGCGGCGAUUAAGAAGUUUGCUGACUUUGAAUAUCAGCGGGAAUGUGCAGAUGAAUCUGCAUGACAUGCGAGAAACGUUUGAGGUCAUACCGCAGCUGACACAUCUAUCUGUGGCCGAUAUGGGAGUGCUGCCAAUUGGACUGUUGGUGCCGUUCAAGCAGCUGCGCUAUCUCAACAUAUCCGGAAAUCAUUUAGACAAUAUGUCGCUGCAAGUAAUCGAUCCGUGUCGAGAGUUAGAGUUUUUGGAUUUAUCUCGCAACCAACUAUAUGGCAUCAACGAUGACACAGCGAUGCGCAUUCAACGCAUUCGCAAUGUUCGAUUGGACAACAAUCCACUGAUAUGCGAUGAAUGUCACAUGGGGAAAUUAAUAAGUGUCGUGCAACAUCUUCAGUGGAAAUGGGAAACAUAUCCGAUUUGCUUUUUACCGGAACCAUUGCGUGGCUCUGAAGUAACAGAUUUGGAUGUAUCCAAGUUGCAUGAUUGUCUGUAUUACAUAACGGAUGAGGAACAGAAUGCGGCGAGCACUUCGCAGAACUUUCUCGAACGUGGUGGCCUUAAUACUCUCGCCAUACUGGGUGGCAUUAUAUUGGUUUUAAUUAUUGUUAUUAUACUGGCUAUGGCUGUUUGCUUUUCCAAGCGGCGAGCACGUUACUACACACGUGAGGAUAGACUGAAUGAAGCCUAUUUCGUACAAAAGAAGAAAGGGAAGAACCUUGCAGCGAGGGAGCCAAAAUUUCGUGAAACCGUGUAAAAUACAUAUAUGGAUUAACCAUCAAAAUAAUAUUAACAAAUAGUUUUAAUUUUUAUUAAUACCUUUAUGUAUAUAGCAUUAACAGAAGCAGUAACUA